GCUGCUGCUGGGGCUCGGCCCUGGUGGUGAAUGGAGCGAUAGCGGCGGCAGGAAGGAGAAGGAGGCCGGAGGAGGCGGAGUUCUCGUCUUUUUGCGCGGAGUCAGGCUUUCGUUGCCGGCAGUGGUGGAGGAAGACGACCUCGGCGACUCGCCUCGGGGGCUUCGGUCGGGGUCGGGAGGGUCAAAGACUGGCCGGGGGGGAGGCUGGAGGAAAAAGAUGCUGCUCUUCAUGGAGGGGAUGGUACUAAAACUACUCCUUGAUGCUAGAGAGACUCCAGAAGGCUAGACUCUGGAAAUUCAACUUCCUUAUUCUCUGGCUUGUGCUUCUCUGUGGCAAGAUGCAGGUAACCUCGAAAGGUGCCAGCUUAAAUCCUAAUGCAAAGGUAUGGCAAGAAAGCAUGGAGGGAAACCCAGAAGCUGCAGCAGUAACUAACGGCACUGAGCAAUCAUGGCAAGAGGCAGCAGCUGUGCAGGGUAAUUGUACGGAAGGCAAUACUGAGGCUGCAGAGGAUUGUACUAAACAAUAUGAAGCAAUGUAUUCAUCUUGUGAAUUGUCAAGAAACAGUUCAUGUGCUGAGGAAUCAGCUGCUAAUGGUCUGGUCUUAGCACAUGAGGAACUUGGAUAUCCACUCUAUGAUGUUUCGGGUGAAAGCAACCCUGUCAUUUCUACAGAAGAUUUAAAAGAAUGCUUGAAGAAACAAUUAGAGUUUUGUUUUUCACGUGAGAAUCUAUCCAAGGAUCUUUACUUGAUGUCUCAAAUGGACAGUGAUCAAUUUAUUCCAAUAUGGACUAUUGCCAAUAUGGAAGGAAUUAAGAAACUGACAACCAAUAUGGAUCUUAUUGUGGAAGUACUAAGAGCUUCUCCUAUAGUCCAAGUGGAUGAGCAAGGAGAGAAAGUUAGACCAAAUCAUAAACGUUGCAUUAUUAUACUUCGUGAGAUCCCUGAAACCACACCAGUAGAGGAGGUAAAAGCACUGUUUAAGAAUGAAAGCUGUCCCAAAGUUAUAAGUUGUGAAUUUGCUCACAAUAACAACUGGUACGUUACAUUCCAGUCAGAUACUGAUGCGCAGCAGGCUUUUAAAUAUUUACGGGAAGAAGUUAAAACCUUUCAGGGCAAGCCAAUAAUGGCCAGGAUAAAAGCCAUCAACACAUUUUUUGCAAAGAAUGGUUACCGGGUAGUGGAUUCCAGUGUUUAUGUUCAACCGGUUCAAACACAAGCACAGUUUGCCUCACCACUGUUCAUGCAGCCUAUAUACAGUCCUCAACAGUACUCCAUCUAUAGUAUUGUGCCUCAGACAUGGUCUCCAAACCCUGCACCUUAUUUUGAAACACCCCUGGCUCCGUUUCCGAAUGGUGGAUUUCUGAACGGCUUCAGUUCACCAAGUUCAUACAAGACAAACACUGCAGCAUUGAGUAUAGGUCGCCCAUUCCUUAGAAAUCGUAUGAAGUCUCAUUUCCGGUUGACAAAUAGCUCAGAACACUCAUCAGAAGGACCCUCCACACACAGUGCUGUUUCAGUAGGUGAUGGACACUUGCAUAGAACCACUUUACGGAAUUUUCAGCCAGAGCGGCAAACAAGUACACUAUCAGGACAUCAAGAGCCAAGCUACACACAGAAGGAGCCUCAAAUUACUCACGUAGAACAAAAUGGUGAUUAUGGCAUGGGAAGAGGCAGAAGAAACAUUUUCAGAGGUCGGAGGAGACGGGAAGAUGACAGGCUAUCACGACCUCAGGCUUCAGUUGAAACCAAGACUUUGACACCAAAGUUUGACUUGCUAGCCUCAAAUUUCCCUCCAUUACCGGGCAGCAUGAUAAAAACACAAGGAGAUCCUGUUCUGGAGAAUAGGAUGUCAGAUAUAGUUAAAGGAAUAAGCAAAGAAAAGGAAAACAAAGAUUUGACAGUUAGUUGUCUAACAUCCACUCAGGAAGAGCAGCAGGGCCAAAGUGUUGUUCAGCCUGUCACGAAUGCCAGUUCUCCCUAUGGGAUUGAUCUUCCGGGAUUAAGUGCCACUCAGCAAGAGAAAAAACUAGAUGUUCAUGUGCAUAAGGAGGCUGCAAGUCAGACUUCCCCACCUUCAUCUGUAUGCCCCCCCAGUACUGUAAAAUCACCCAGGACAAAUACCACUUCAUCCACAACCAAUGCAAACCCAAUGCCUGCUGUAGUGAUACAGGAACCUCGGAAGCUCAGUUAUGCUGAGGUCUGUCAGAAACCUCCAAAAGAAGUACCUUCUGUUCCUGCUCAGCCACUUAGGGAGCUGCGUUCUAAUGUAACCUCCCCUGCAAAAACAGAAGAAAAUGGCACCCAUGAGAAGGCUGGAGAGAAGACACAUGAAAAGUCAGAAGGACGGGUGAAUGACUUGGCUGUUUUCAGAGGCAAUGGGCCUCCCAAAGGAGCUGCAGGAAAAAUCAGGGAACAGAGGCGCCAAUGUGGACGUAGGUCUUCUCCUCAGGGAGCGCCUCGGCGAGUUGGCAAGGAACAGUAUAUGCCACCGCGAUCACCAAAGGAAAAUUGAUCAAACUUUUUAUUUAAUCAGAACUGUGAAUUAAAGAGCAGUAGAGGAGAAACUGGCCAGCUCAAGAGAGAUAUCAAUAUAGGAAAAGUGGACAAUAAAUUGAAGAGCACAGGGUUUGCAAUGUGAGAGAGCUUAAAGGGAUCCCAAUAUUCAUCUCGAAGUGAUACAAAAUGCUGGAGAAAUAGAAUCAAUAUAAAUAUGACAAAGAUUAUAAUUUUUGUAACUUUCUGUUUUUAAUUUCCUGUUUGAAUUAGAUUUUUGCAUUAAGAACUAGCUUAUUAAAGAUGAGGAACAAAUACACAUAUUAGCAUGUUUCUUACUUGAAGAGGGGGCAAAUAUUUUUUUUUUUUUGAAAAAAAACUGUAAAAGUUAUAAAUUACUUCUAAAAAUCUAUUUAAGGUAUGGCUUGUAAGAUGUCAUGUAUGCCAUUAAUGGCCUUGCAUUACAAUUCAGCCCCAAAACUGACAUGCUUGGUCAGUAUGAAUGAGUGUAGCCAUAUUACCUGUUAUGUCAUGAUUUCGUCACUGAUGAUAAUUGAUUGUACUACUGUAGGAUUUUGUGUUUUGGAAAUAUAGUCUUUGACUUUACUAAUUUUGGUCAGCUUUUAAAACUAUGAUUUUACUCGAGUAUGCAAACAGCAAGAUUAGUAAACAAGAAAUAGUGGGUAAGAUUUUAAUUUGUUCCAGCAUUUUCUCUAAUUAGGGAUAAUGUUUUAUUUUUUCCACUGCUUUAAUGUUUUCUCUGAUCCUUUAUUACAGAAUUAAGCACAUCUAGCUGGAAUGUAGUUAUUCUGAUACUAAUGCAGAACUAAAAAUAGGGAAUGUGAAACUUCAUAGUAAACAUUAGCUUGGUGCAUUGAAUUGAGAUUUUCAACUCUUUAAUAUUCUCAAUUCUCUAGAAGGAGGUAAGUUAAUUUUGGGGGUCUGACUUAACUUUAACAAAUAGAAUGGCCACCCUAGGGCUGUACUUGGAUAUACUGAAAACACUUUUUCUACUUGAGGGAGUUUCAAAACUACCAGAAAUCAGGUUUUAUUUAAUGGGGAGACAAAACAAAGAUUGUUAAGUUUCUCUGUUUGAUAGAGCUGAUAACUGAAAAUUAACUUACUUUGGAGAACAUUGGCAAGAAUAUUAGGAUGGUAAUUAGAAUAACAAUGUGCAACAAGCAGUGUGGUUUACAAGCUGAUUAUAGAAUUUAAGAAAAGAACUAAGACAAUUACAAAACAUUAAUCUUGCAAAAUCAGCAUGCUAGACUUCAAAGUUCUGUAUUAAAGUGUUAGGGGAAAGUAUAUUGGAUUCUUUAGUUGGUAGCAAUAUACAAAUUUAAAGACAUUAGUUGUAAACACUGGAAAACUCAGUUAUGACAUACCACAAUGCAUUUUAGUUUGUGUGUUAGUUAUAACUUUAAAAUGUCAGUGGCAGAUGAUUAAUUAACUGUGAAAAUGGUAAUCUUCUGAUUUUAC